GCAUUUUUAGCCCUUAAAUUAAAAGGCUCUGUCUUUAUCUGAUGGCCACAUAUCUCUCUUCUUUUUUCUAGACUCUUAAAUUGGGAAUCUUCACUCAGCUUUGUGAUCAAUUAAUCCUAGCCUACUCCUUCACGCUAACGCCUUUUUAAUUUAAUUGAAUUUAAAUUGUGAUUCUUAUCUUAAUAUUGCAGAGUUUUGUGUCAUCAUCACUUAGCAUAUUGCAGUGAGGUAUUUGAUCUGAAAAUUCUGUACCAAUUUCAUGGCGGAACUGAUAGGGCCUCGCUUGUACAGUUGCUGUAAUUGUAGAAACCAUGUGUCACUCCAUGAUGAUAUCAUUUCUAAGGCUUUUCAGGGAAGAAACGGCCGAGCUUUUCUUUUUUCCCAUGCCAUGAAUGUUGUCACAGGACCAAAAGAAGACAGGCAUCUCAUGACUGGCCUUCACACCGUUGCUGAUGUUUAUUGUGGUGAUUGCCGUGAGGUCUUGGGUUGGAAGUAUGAAAAAGCUUACGAAGCAUCCCAGAAGUACAAGGAAGGGAAAUUCAUACUCGAGAAGUCAAAAAUAGUUAGGGAGAACUGGUAGCACUCCCGUAUGAAUUACAAUGCUGCUUGAUCGUCUUUUAUGUCUACGUUCGUUCAUGGUUUGUGCUGGUCGUCUUGUACAGGAAGUUCUUGCCUUACCCAAUUUGAAAUUUCUUAUUGUUUUCUCCAACUUGCAUUAUUCCCUUGUGCUAUAUGACUACAAUUGAACUUGUAAGAUUCAUCUUCUGGUCUGUGGAUAUCAACUUGAGAAAUCUUUUGAGAACAGUAUCUGCUGCAAACUAUGCCAUUUUACAUAUAUCUGUAUAAUAUUUUUUGUUUAGCUUAA